AUUUGUAGGUUUGAAAAAGUGUACUCUUCCUCGUCUCUUCAACAACCCAAAAUUCUUCUCUUAAAACCCUUUUGCAAAGACAAUGUAGAUCUUGGCUUCUUUUUCAUCUUCACCAUUUUGGAUCUCUCUUAUAAGUGAAGAGAUUGGAGGGUUAGGGAUGAAGUGCUAUGGAGAUCAUACGUUGGAUGGGACUUCAAUAAUGACAGGCUUUCUUUCGCUCUCAAAUCUUUAUCUGAAUCUUUGUGUUCAUAUUCAUUGGAUCUAGGGUUAGAAGAAGAUCCAACUAUUCCUAUUUUCCUCUUCCUUCGUCCUUCCUUCAUCUCUAUCACAUCUUCUCUUUUUCUGCUCACCAACACCUGAUCCAGCCACAUAAUCACCUCUAUCAACGCCUAUUGUCACUAGCACCCCACCAAUGAUUCCUUUUUCCUCUUCCUCCUUGUCCUCUCCAUCUUUUCUUUCCCUGUCCUCUCUAUUCUCCAGCACUCAACCCAUUACUGUGAAUGCUGUUGUCGCUGGUAACCCGUCAUUGCGGUGAUCACCUCCCUCACCAAAGCCAUUUUUUUCUCAUGCGGCUCAAGCAUUGCCAGUUGAUUUUCCUUCAUAUGAAAUUUCCCAUUUUGCAGCCUUGAUUUCCUCUCGUGAUUCAGUUUUAUUGGCUUGAUUUAGAGCACUUGUGUACGAGGCAUGAAAACUAAGGGAAAGCUAGGUGGUAAUUGGUAUUUUUUUUCUUUGUUUCAGGGUAUAUUAUAUGCAAAUCUAUUUUAUGGUAUUUUAACUUAAUUUCCAAUUAUCAUUAAAAAUUAUCAAUUUUUAAUCAAUUUUAGCAAAUGGUCCCAUAGCCUGCAGAGUGAGGUGGAGACUGCUAGUGACUAGAAACAAAAGAAAAGUAGGAAUAUUGU